AUGGACGAUGAGGGCUUCCUUAAGGAUUACGAGCCAAAGAAAUGCCCCCUUUGCUUCCGGGGCCUCCGCAAGACCAAGCUCCGACAGAUACCAUGCGGCCACACCAUCUGCAACAACUGCGUUGCCGAAAGCUUCCGUUAUAUCAUCAAGCAAAGGUUCUUUAGCAGGCCGUACUGCCAUCACCCUAUAGCCUGCUGGCACCCGUUCCCAGACGAAUGGGCCAAGGAGCUCCUCCGUCCUGGCGAGUGGACCAGGUACCGCGACCUAGCCGAUGAGCAUCGGGAGAAGGAGUCCAGGACGGCCGUCUAUUGCCCCAAUCUGGAAUGCAACAGCUAUAUCUCCGUUCGCCGCCGUGUCAAGACCCAAGGAAUCGCCAAGUGCACCUGUGGUGGCAAAACGUGCAUACUCUGCCUCGAGAAGGCCCAUGAGGGUGAGACCUGCCAGGUGGCCAUGGAGAGGCGGAAGGCCCAAGGUGUCAUCGACAUAAUCCAGGAGGAGCAAACCCUCAAGACUAUGGCGCGCAUGGGUUGCAAGCUCUGUCCCGACUGUGGAAUGGUCAUCGAGAAGGACCAAGGUUGCGACAGUAUGAGGUGCGAGGUAUGUGAUAAGCCGUUCGAGUGGAGUCUGGAGCCCGAAUUCGGCGCGUCUACGGACAAGGUUGUGAAGACGGCAAGCAAGCACAUCUGA